GCAUAUAGCAAAUUUAGCCGAAUACCGUGUAGCUGCAAGCUGUGAUUUGCAGUCCAACUUUAAACGGAAUUGAGUUUUAAUAAAUCAAUUAUAGUUAAAUUAUUUGCUAUAACGUUAAACAUUUUAAAAAGUGAAAAUGGUUUUAGCAGAACGUAACUCAGAAAAUGUUAGAAAUGGUCGAAGAUCAAGAGGUCCCAGCCCAAAUGGACAGACAGAAUCUUCAAGUGAAGAAGACGGAGUUCCAGCUGAAAAGAUACGUGUUGGUCGGGAUUUCCAGGUCAUAGUACCAGAACUUAUUCCAACUAAUGAACGUAGAUUGGAUCAAUGCCCUGAUAGAGCAUUGUUGGUUUGGUCUCCUACUACUGAUAUACCAGAUCAAAAAUUGGAUGAAUACAUAGUAUUAGCGAAAGAGAAAUAUGGAUAUAAUGGCGAGCAAGCUUUAGGAAUGUUAUUUUGGCAUAAACAUAAUUUAGAACGUGCUGUAUUAGAUUUGGCAAAUUUUACACCAUUUCCUGAUGAAUGGACGGUAGAAGAUAAGGUGUUAUUUGAACAAGCGUUUCAAUUUCAUGGGAAAAGUUUUCAUCGUAUUCGACAAAUGUUACCUGAUAAGUCAAUCGCCAGUCUUGUUAAAUAUUACUAUAGUUGGAAGAAGACAAGAACUAGGACGUCGUUGAUGGACAGACAAGCAAGAAAAUUAACAAGCGGUGGAAAAGAAGGUGAAAAUGGCAGCGAGAAUGGAAGUGAGUUAGGCUCAAAUACAGACAGCGAAUCUGAAGAAAAAAAAUGGACGAUCCACCGCGGAAUACGUCGUGGAAAGAACCAAGCUGUGCCAGGAAGCCAAAGCACUGACGCUAAGGCCCCAUCCGACUCGGAAAACGCCCCUCAGGUUCAGGGGUCGUGUAGCAACUGUGGCGUUGCUUGCAAUAGCGUACGUGCAACUCCCAAGGGACACGCGUGUCAUAGCUGCUAUCUGCACUGGAGGCGUACUGGUGUAGCAAGACCCCUAAGUUCUAUGCCAGGUCGUACAAACAAAAGAAAACCACCUCGUGGAUUGGUAGUAAAUCAUGAUGACUUGGCAGCAUUGGCUGGUCAACCUAAUCAAGCUAACAACAGUUUACAAGCUAUCGACACAGAGAUUGUUAGCCUAAAACGUCAAAUACAAUCAAACAAGCAACAAGUAAGUGCUUUAAAACGUAAGACUACUGAUGGAGUAGAUGACUUACGACCACCAGAAGUUUCCAGUCGUAUAAAUGCACGAUGGACGAAUGAUGAACUACUGUUAGCCGUUCAAGGAGUUAGAAAAUAUGGCAAAGAUUUUUCUGCAAUUGCUGAUGUUAUUGGUACUAAAACUGAAGCUCAUUUGCGAUCAUUCUUUGUUAAUUAUCGACGAAGGUACAAUUUAGAUGCCGUUCUAAAAGAAUAUGAAGCUGAAAAUGGACCGAUAUUAAUUGAUGAUGACAAAGAAGAAAAGAUGGAUAUUGAUCAACCAAAUGAAGUGGCAGAAUCAUCACAAAAAGCAAAGGCAUCAAGUGGUUUAGGACAAACUACAAAAUAACGAAUGAUUCUAUUAAACACCAAAUGUGACAAAGUAAAUUUCAGGGUUACUGAAAGUCGACGUUGAUACAUGAAAAAAAAAAAAAAA